UGAGCCAGUUUGAAAUUUUUGAGAACAGCUACUAUAAAAGAAGCUAAAUAGCUGAAAAUUAAAUUCAUUGUUUAUACAGUUCCUUCCUAAUUCUCCUGGUCUAAUAAGUUUUUAAGCAUAAGAAAUCAUAAUGAACUAUUGCUAUACCAGAAGUAAAUUGUUAUGCAGAAGCUCCAAACAUUUAAUCCAAAGAUAUUCACAGAGAGCUAAGAAAAAAACGGCUUGUGAACUGGCUUUGGAGUACUUCGAUGUAUCAUAUGGAAACAUUUAUGGCAAGGAGUGGCCUUCUGUGCGGCUUGGACUAUUGUCUGAGCCUAAAUUCGUUUCUAUCAUCAAUAAUCAAUGCCCUAACUUUCAGCAGACUCUAAGGAAGCUACAGAAUCUUGGCUGUUAUGAUGUAGGCGCGCAUUACCGCAAGAACUGUGCAGACGUGAUGGCUGCCAGGCAGAGUUCCCGUCUGGCUCAAGCACAUGAGCAAGACAAAAAUGAUGACGAUUCUCCAGAUGUGACAGGCACUCAUUCAAAUCACAGUCUAAGGAAACCAAUACGUGAGUUAAGCGAUGACGAGCUGGGGGAGCUCGUGAAUACGCCGGCCCCUCCAACAUAUCCUAAAGAAUUCCGUGAUCUCUCCGGCAACUUCGAGUCAGUGCCCUGCAAGCCCACAUCUGACCGCCUCAUCCUGCCACAGCCACACAUCUCCAUUGAUAUGCAAAUCCAGGCUUUGCAAGAAUUUAUGCCUUCAACUGGUCUUAAGGGCUUGGCAGAACUCACAGACGAAUCCGAGAUUUUUGACAGAUAUCGCGCCGCUUUUGAAGCUGAUGACACUCCUUCAAUAAAUGUUGAAAAAUCCAACACUUUGAUACACUGGCCUGAGCUGUUGACCGUCUUGGCUUUCCCGAGGCUCGACAUCUCGCGCUUCCCGAAGCCUGGAUAUGUGAGCGGCUUGACGGACCACUACCCUCUGGACGGCGGCAGUCUGCUGCCGGUGUUGCUGCUGGACUUACAGGCUGGAGACUCGGUGCUGGACUUGUGUGCUGCUCCUGGCGGCAAGUCCAUGGCCAUACUCCAGACCACCUUACCUGAACGCUUGCAUAGUAACGACAAGUCCUCGGCAAGAGUGCUGAGGCUGAAGACAAGCAUGAAACAAUACUUCCCUGAGGGCAGCCGUGCACUUCAGUCUCUACAGAUAACUCAGGUUGACGGGACGGAACUGGAACUUGGAGCGGAAGGUCCGUACGACCGAGUGCUAGUGGAUGCACCGUGCCUAGGUGACCGCUACGCUCUGCACGACGCAGACAACAACAUCUUCGAGAAGAGCAGACGGCAGGAACGACUCGCGAUGCCUGAAGUUCAGGCUGACCUGCUCGUGCGAGCCCUACAGCUGGCGAGCCAUCAGCUGGUACGUCUAUGGCUAAACGAAGGCGAGCCCUACGGCUGGUACGUCUAA